UCUUCCUUGACGUUGCGCCCUCUGCCCUGCACUUGGUUCGAGUGUGUCAGCAUGUUGGUGAUUCUCCUCAACUGUGUCACCCUGGGCAUGUACCAGCCAUGUGAGGACAUGGAUUGUCUGUCUGACCGCUGCAAGAUCCUGCAGGUUUUUGAUGACUUCAUCUUCAUCUUCUUUGCCAUGGAGAUGGUGCUGAAGAUGGUGGCCCUGGGGAUUUUCGGCAGGAAGUGUUACCUGGGGGACACCUGGAACCGACUGGAUUUCUUCAUUGUGAUGGCCGGGAUGGUGGAAUAUUCUCUGGACCUUCAGAACAUCAACCUGUCAGCCAUCCGCACAGUCCGAGUCCUGAGGCCCCUCAAAGCCAUCAAUCGCGUGCCCAGUAUGCGCAUCCUCGUGAACCUGCUGCUGGACACCCUGCCCAUGUUGGGCAACGUACUGCUGUUGUGUUUCUUUGUCUUCUUCAUCUUUGGGAUAAUCGGUGUGCAGCUGUGGGCCGGCCUGCUUCGGAACCGCUGCUUUCUGGAGGACAACUUCACCAUACAAGGGGAUGUGGCCCUCCCUCCCUACUACCAGCCGGAGGAGGAUGACGAGAUGCCGUUCAUCUGCUCGCUCUCGGGGGACAACGGCAUCAUGGGCUGCCACGAAAUCCCCCCGCUCAAGGAGCAGGGCCGGGAGUGCUGCCUGAGCAAGGACGACUUCGCCUUCUACAGCGCGGCCCAGCAGGACUUCAACAUCAGCGGCAUGUGUGUCAACUGGAACCGCUAUUACAACGUGUGCCGCACGGGCAGCGUCAACCCCCACAAGGGCGCCAUCAACUUCGACAACAUCGGCUACGCCUGGAUCGUCAUAUUCCAGGUGAUCACCCUAGAAGGCUGGGUUGAGAUCAUGUACUAUGUCAUGGACGCCCAUUCCUUCUACAACUUCAUCUACUUCAUCCUGCUGAUUAUAGUAAGUGUGGGGGGCCCAGGAGCCAGGCCGGGAGGGGCCCUUUGGAGAGAAGGGGGUUUCCCGGAUCCUUGGGCCUCCUUCUACCUUUCCUUUGGGGCCCUUUGGGAACUACCACAAGAAAUUCAUAAAACUGACUUUAACCUUUUCCCUUGCCUUCCAGGGCUAUGUCAGAAACACAUUCCCUUGGAUUACCCAUCCCAUACUCUCGUGCAACCCAUCUCUGUGACACAGACCUCCGACCCUGGCAACUGCCCCCAUUGCCAGCAGGAGAGAGAUCAGCGUCUAUCCCUGGCAGAGAGUGAUGAUGACUUUGGGCGGGAGGAAGGUUCUGCCAAUGAUGAUGAAGGCGAAGGUGGAGGAAGCAGUGAAGGAACUCUGGACCUAGAGAAGGAGGAAGAGGAGGGAGAAAAAGGCAGUGGCGCAGCCAGCCUGUGUGGGGAUAUAUGGCGGGAGGUGAGGGCCAAGCUGAGGGGCAUCGUGGACAGCAAAUAUUUUAACCGAGGCAUCAUGAUUGCCAUCUUGGUGAACACUGUCAGCAUGGGCAUUGAACACCACGAACAGCCCGAGGAGCUGACCAACAUCCUGGAGAUCAGUAACGUGGUGUUCACCAGCAUGUUUGCCCUGGAGAUGAUCCUGAAGCUGGCGGCCUUCGGCCUCUUCGACUACCUACGGAACCCUUACAACAUCUUUGACAGUAUCAUCGUCAUCAUCAGUAUCUGGGAGAUCAUCGGCCAGUCGGACGGGGGCCUCUCGGUACUGCGGACGUUCCGCCUGCUUCGAGUCCUGAAGCUGGUCCGCUUCAUGCCAGCCCUGCGCCGCCAGCUGGUGGUUUUGAUGAAGACCAUGGACAACGUGGCCACCUUCUGCAUGCUGCUCAUGCUCUUCAUCUUCAUCUUCAGCAUCCUAGGGAUGCACAUUUUUGGCUGCAAAUUCAGCCUCAAGACUGACACGGGAGACACUGUACCCGACCGGAAGAACUUUGAUUCGCUUCUUUGGGCCAUUGUCACAGUGUUCCAGAUCCUGACCCAAGAGGACUGGAAUAUGGUGCUCUACAAUGGCAUGGCCUCCACCUCUCCUUGGGCCUCCCUCUACUUUGUGGCUCUCAUGACCUUCGGCAACUACGUGCUCUUCAACCUGCUGGUGGCCAUCCUGGUGGAGGGCUUCCAGGCAGAGGGGGAUGCCAACCGCUCCUACUCAGAUGAGGACCAGAGCUCGUCCAACAUGGAGGAGUUUGACAAGUUCCGAGAGGGGCAUGAAGGCCAUUUUGAUAUCAAGCUCUGCCCCAUCCCCAUGACUCCCAACGGGCACCUGGACCCCAACCUUCCACUGCCCGGGACCCUGGCCACCACGGGGGGCAUGCCCUCUGGCCCUUGCCACUCUCUGCAGCCGGACCAGGUGCUCAUCGCCCUGGACUCCCGAAAGAGCAGUGUGAUGUCUCUGGGGAGGAUGAGCUAUGACCAGCGGUCUCUGUCCAGCUCCCGCAGCUCCUAUUAUGGGGCCUGGGGCCACAGUGGAGCCUGGGCCAGCCGCCGGUCCAGUUGGAACAGCCUGGCCCGGGGUCACAGCCUGAAGCACCGGGCACCUUCUGCGGAACACGAGUCACUCCUCUCUGGGGAGAGGGGCCAGUCAGCAGAGGGGGAGCGGGACGACAGUGCCCCUCGUGGCCCCUCCCAUCACCUACCACCCCAUACCCAUCCCCAUCCCCAUCAUCACCACCUCCACCACCCACACCGCUACCGGCACCGGCGGACACUCUCCCUUGAUACCAAGGACUCUUUGGAUCUGGCAGAGUUGCCCCUGCCAGCCCCUCAUGCUCAUCUGAGGUCCACCCGUAAAGUGGGCUCAGGCUUGGGUGCCAGUGAGCACCAGGACUGCAAUGGCAAGAUGCCCAACAUUGCCAAGGACGUUUUCACCAAGAUGGACAACCGGAAGGACCACGCGGAGGAUGAGGAAGAGAUUGACUAUAGCCUAUGUUUCCGGAUCCGGAAGAUGAUAGAUGUCUACAAGCCUGACUGGUGUGAAAUCAGGGAGGACUGGUCUGUCUACCUCUUCUCUCCUGAGAACAGGUUCCGGGUCCUUUGCCAAACCAUCAUCACUCACAAGCUAUUUGACUAUGUCGUCCUGGCUUUUAUCUUUCUCAACUGUAUCACCAUCGCCUUGGAGAGGCCCCAGAUAGAGGCUGGCAGCACCGAGCGUAUAUUCCUCACUGUGUCCAACUAUAUCUUCACCGCCAUCUUUGUUGGAGAGAUGACCCUAAAGGUGGUCUCCCUGGGCCUGUAUUUUGGGGAGCAGGCCUACCUCCGGAGCAGCUGGAACAUCUUGGAUGGCUUCCUGGUCUUCGUGUCCCUCAUUGACAUUGUGGUCUCUGUGGCUUCUGCGGGAGGAGCUACCAUACUUGGGGUCCUCCGUGUCCUCCGCCUCCUCCGUACUCUUCGCCCGCUACGGGUCAUCAGCCGCGCCCCGGGGCUGAAGCUUGUGGUGGAGACACUGAUCUCAUCCCUCAAACCCAUUGGAAACAUCGUCCUCAUCUGCUGCGCCUUCUUCAUCAUCUUCGGCAUCCUGGGAGUGCAGCUCUUCAAGGGGAAGUUUUACCACUGCCUGGGGGUCGACAUCAGGAACAUCACCAACCGCUCCGACUGCAUGGCCGCCAACUACCGCUGGGUGCACCACAAGUACAACUUUGACAACCUGGGCCAGGCCUUGAUGUCUCUCUUUGUCCUGGCCUCCAAAGAUGGUUGGGUCAACAUCAUGUACAACGGGCUAGAUGCUGUGGCCGUCGACCAGCAGCCCGUGACCAAUCACAAUCCCUGGAUGUUGUUGUACUUCAUCUCCUUCCUGCUCAUCGUCAGCUUCUUUGUCCUUAACAUGUUUGUGGGUGUGGUGGUGGAGAACUUCCACAAGUGUCGGCAGCACCAGGAGGCAGAGGAGGCGCGUCGGAGGGAGGAGAAGCGACUCCGGCGGCUGGAGAAGAAGCGAAGGAAAGCCCAGCGGCUCCCAUAUUAUGCCACCUACUGCCCUACCCGGCUCCUUAUUCAUUCUGUCUGUACCAGUCACUACCUGGAUAUCUUCAUCACCUUCAUCAUCUGCCUCAAUGUCGUGACCAUGUCCUUGGAACACUACAACCAGCCCAUGUCCUUGGAGAUUGCCCUCAAAUAUUGCAACUACAUGUUCACCACAGUCUUUGUGCUGGAAGCCAUGCUGAAGCUGGUAGCAUUUGGACUGAGACGCUUCUUCAAAGACAGGUGGAACCAGCUGGACCUGGCCAUUGUGCUCCUCUCCGUCAUGGGUAUCACCCUGGAGGAGAUUGAGAUCAACGCCGCCCUGCCCAUCAACCCCACCAUCAUCCGCAUCAUGAGGGUGCUUCGGAUUGCCCGAGUGCUGAAGCUGCUGAAGAUGGCCACCGGGAUGCGAGCCCUGCUGGACACAGUGGUUCAGGCCCUCCCCCAGGUGGGAAACCUGGGUCUUCUCUUCAUGCUUCUCUUCUUCAUCUAUGCUGCUCUGGGCGUGGAGCUCUUUGGGAAGCUGGUGUGCAGCGAUGAGCAUCCCUGUGAGGGCAUGAGCCGUCACGCCACCUUUGAAAACUUUGGUAUGGCCUUCCUCACGCUAUUCCAGGUCUCCACUGGGGACAACUGGAAUGGGAUUAUGAAGGACACGCUGCGGGACUGCACCCACGACGAGCGGAGCUGCCUCAGCAACCUCCAGUUCAUCUCGCCCCUGUACUUCGUGAGCUUCGUGCUCACCGCCCAGUUCGUGCUCAUCAACGUGGUGGUGGCCGUGCUGAUGAAGCACCUGGACGACAGCAACAAGGAGGCUCAGGAGGACGCCGAGAUGGACGCCGAGAUCGAGCUGGAGAUGGCCCACGGCCUCUGCUCGCGGAGCUCCCCGGGCGCCGGCAAGGGCGGGGGCUGUGCGGGCCCCGGAGGCCCGGGAGGAGGGCCGCCCCCCGAUCCCGAAGCGCGCCGCUGCGUGCGCUGCUACUCCCCGGCACAGGAGAACUUGUGGCUGGACAGUGUCUCUUUAAUUAUUAAGGACUCCUUCGAAGGAGAGUUAAUGAUCAUCGAUAACCUGUCAGGCUCCGUCUUCCACCAUUAUUCCUCCCCGGCCGUGUGCGAGAGGUGUGAUCAUGACCAGCAAGAGGUCCAGCUGGCUGAGGUGGAGGCCUUCUCCCUGAACUCGGACAAGUCCUCUUCAAUCCUGCUGGGGGAUGAUGUCAGCUUGGAGGAUCCCACAGCAUGCCCUGUGGCCUCCAAGGAGAGCAAGCAAGGAGAGUCGGAGUCUCCUGACCCAAUCCAGAUCGGGGACCUGGGAGAAUGCUUCUUCCCGCUGUCCAAUACGGCGGUCUCGGCAACCCCAGAGAGCUACCUGUGUGAGAUGGAGAAGGACCCCUUCCAUCCCGUCCAGUCCUGGCUGAAACACGAGAGCAGUCAAACUCCCCCCAGGCCUUUCUCACCCGAUGCCGCCAACCCCCUCCUGCCCGUGCCAGCAGAGUUCUUCCACCCAGCUGUGGCCACCAGCCAGAAGGGGGAGGAGAAGCCUUCCUGCAAGGGGACCCUCCCCAAGAUCUCCCUGCAGGGCUCCUGGGCAUCCUUACGCUCUCCAAGUGUCAACUGUGCCCUCCUCAGACAGACCACAGAGAGCGACACCUCCCUGGAGGACAGCAGGAGCAGCGGCUCGGUGGGCAGCCUGCAGACCACGCUGGACGACAGCCUGAAUCUCAGCGACUCCCCGCAGUGUACCCUGGACCUCCCGGCCGCCCUGUGCCCGGGGCUGCCGGGCCCCCACGCACGGGCCGCCCACAGGACUGUCGUGGCUGCGGCGCUCUCUCCGGCCUCCCGUCGCCGGAGCCUCCGAGGCCGCGGCCUCUUCAGCCUGCGGAGCCUCCGGGGCCACCAGCGCAGCCACAGCAGCGGGGGCAGCACCAGUCCCGGCUGCACCUACCAUGACUCUAUGGACCCCUCGGACGAGGAGGGCAUGGGCAGCAGCCUCCGGGGCGGGGGCACCAACAGCAGUGAGCAGUCGGAGACCCUCAGCAGCCUCUCGCUCACGUCCCUCUUCUCCCCGGCCCUCCCGCCCCCGGGCCUCCGGCUAGCUAAGAGGUGCAACAGCACAAGCAGCCUGUCGACGGUGGCCCCCUUGUCCCCCGCCCAGGGCCCCCUGCCGCCCGUGGGGACCGAGGGCAUGCAGUCCUUCUCGGUUGACCCCAGGGGCUUCCUGUCUGCGCCCUCCUGGGGGACAGACUUCUGCAAGGACCGCCACUCAGCCAGCGAGGAGACCCAGGGGCUGGGCGGCCGUGAGCGCAAGCAGCGCCCCGAGGUGGAGCUCGGGGAAGGGGUGACCAAGCGGAACAGAUGAGGUUCUCUGGCCCCCGGGGGCCGUGGCGGGGCGCCCAGUGGGGGAAACCCUUUCGCUGUGGCUGUUGCUUCCCAGACUCCCCUGAGCCAGUGAGAGUCUGCCGGGGUCCCGGCUGGCUGUGGAGCCCACUCACCUCAAGCCCCCGGGAGACUGUGGAGCAUGGCCUGUGCCCGCGCCAGGUGGGCAGGGGAGGAGGAGCCCAGGCACUCAGCGGGAGUGGAGCCUCUGGUCAGAGCGCAGCCGGGCUCGGCCCUUUCCGUAUCUAUAUACAUAUAUACAUAUAUAGACACACACAAAGACAUAUAUAUUUAUUUAUUUUUUUUACUGAAAGCUUAUGACUUCCAGAAAGUGCUAAGAAUAGAGAGGUAGGAACGGGAGGUAGCAAAGCGUUGAGAAGCAAAAACUCCCGUCAGGCAGCAGACGUUGCAGCUCCUGGCCCCGACGAGGGGGCUCCGGCCUUUGGCACUCGGGGCCACCUGGGGCAGCCCCCUGAGGUCGCUACCGCUCUUUGGAAGGGGUCGAAUUUUUGUCCUUUUAUUCUUGAUUGUAUUUUAGGAACCCCAAAGGCACCCUAAUUAGCCAAUAGCUACAUAUAUAUUUUUUUCCAUAGCAAAAACAAAAAAGUUGCGGGGAGGUAGUCUAUUUUUCCAGUGAUAGGAGAGAGGAGGCAGGCUUGUCUCACUGGGGUAGCCAGAGCCAAGGGGGGAGCCACGGGGCAUCAGGGGGGCAAGCACCUCAGAGCUCACCACCUGAUCCCAGCUCCUCGGGGCAGAAGGGGAACCAGUAGCUCAGAAACGGCAGGGGACCAAAGCGCUCAGGGCGUCCUGGACUCUUCCCCAGCCUGCGGAUCCUUGCUGACAGAGAGUCGGGCAUUCUGAUGCAGGCAGGACGGGAGGGUGGAUGGGCAGCUUCUUCCUCUGCUGACCAGCCCCGGCCGGCUCCAGAGCAAGGUCUGCCCUCCGUGUAUGUGGUCUUCCCUCCCCUGCUUUUCCCUCGUUCCUGGGGCAGAGGGUCUGGGCAAGGCCCCACGGCCCCCAUUUUCUCUUAGAGUAGGACCCUUUUCUUAGUAGGCCCACCCCCAGGGCUCUUGCUGGCCUCCCUCUAAAUCUUAGUGGGGAGGGAAGGCCUUCGACCAAAAGAGAGGGGGACGCCUGGAGGGUGUGAUCUCUCCAUCCGUCCUGUCUUUCUGUCUCCACGUCAGUUCUGAAUGUUUGCAGCAAUAGAGGCAGAGAAAUGGACAAAGAAACAUGAGAAAGGGGAGAGGGCACGUGUACUGCCCAGAGGUGGUCACAGGCCCAAAUCCCUCAUUGUACAGAGGAGGAAACAGUGACCCAGAAGUCAGCUACCAAGUGGCAGAAGCAGAAUCUGAAUGAUGAUCUUCCUGAUUCCCAAGUCCAAUUCUGUCUUCUUUAUGAAGGAAGGGAGGAAGUCCUGGAGGCGAGGUUAGCCCAGGAAGAUGGACCCUUUGAUCCUGUGAGGGCUCCCACUGGGCGUGGGUGGGCUCAUCUGUGCAGCCGCCUCACUCUUCAGUAUCUAAGCAGAUCCCAGAAUUCAGGGCAGGGCAGGACAGAUCCCCAUUCUCUUGUCCUAAGCACACAUCUUGCAGGCUGGGGGUGGAGAUCGGACCCUUUGGGGACCCCCUUCUCCCUUUCCCUGCCUGACUCUCACUGAUCCCCCUUAUCAAGCACUCACCCAUCCCACCAACACACAUUCACCACUGAGCUAGACAACAGACCCUCCUAGGUCCGUCGCCGCCUGGGCUUUCGGGGAGGACCAGCCAAAGCUUCUAGUCUCCAGUAGGCAGCUAGACCUCAGAGGACACCUCCUGGCCAAACUCUCUUGGGCAAUUUGGGUUCAUGUCUUAUAAGUUACACGUUCCUAUAUAGGAUCAUAGGCCCCAUAUUUAGAACCAGGAGGGACCAUGGAGAUCAUCUUGCCCAAUUUUAUCAUUUCAUAGAGGGAGAAACAUGCUUAUGGAUGCACAGCAUUUACUUUCAAAUACAUGCCCAAUACCUGUGUUCAUACCCAUGUAAGCCAUUUUACACAUCCACGCACAGAAACACAUUUGCUUAUACACUUGCUCUAGCUUCCCCAGCCCUUCUCCAAAGUAUUGGGUCAAGUUCCACAUAAGCAAUAAAAAGACCCAUGGGGGGGCUUCAUCUCCCUGUCCCCUUCUGGAGGCCCAGCUGUGAUUGGGUGAGGAGGGGGCUCACUCUCAGUCCUGAAGGGUUAUCAAGGUAUGUGAGGGAAAUGAGAGGUUCAGAGGAAGGCCCCACUCUGAGCCUCCCAACAAGUUCUAUGACGAGUUGUAAAGCUGAUCUUUCUGACUGGAGAAGAUGAGACCAAUUUACUCAUCUCCCACCUUAAUCACCUCCAAAGGAGUUAGUUGGUACCCGUGUCUACUCCCAGGGAGGAGACUCACCUCAAGAGAAAGAUUUGGGUUAACUGGGAUGCCAAAGCUAGAAAACAACUCCAUUUCUCAAAUAAGUCAUCGGGACACUUGGCUCCUAAAGUAAUUAUAAACAUAUAAAUCCUCCUAUGCAUUCAUAUAGCCCUUUCUUUACAGCCUGCAUUUUUUAUUUUUGUAGUUUAAUCAAGGCCUUUUAUCUUUACACCUUAUCAGGCCAGUGAUCAGAUCCUAUUACCCAGCUGACAGGAUGCCAGACAGUAGCAAGUUCCAAGAACUUGCUUCUAUUCCCCCCACCCCAUUGUCCCUGAGUGCUCCCGUCUUUCUAAUACCUUAAGGAUUGAAAAGUACUUGAUCUCCAUUACAAUCUUGGGAUGUGGGUGGGGCAAAGGUUAUUAUUUCCAUCUUACAGAUAGAAGAGCUAAGAUAUGCCCAUGAUCACACAAAUUUAUUUCAGGGAUUUGGAUUCAGCCAGGGAGAGAGCAAGUGUGGCUACAGCUUGGCCCAAGCUGGCAAGUCAAAUUGUGGCAAGUCAAAAAAAAAAGGCAAAUUGUGGAUGGCCAACAGGGUGAGGAAGAAAAGAGGAAUUUGUUAGUGAAGGGGUAGAAAUGGAGUGGAGUGUUGCACACACACACUAUUGGAUAUAGAAUCUCUGGGUCAGUUUUUAAAUCUAGAAUCUGUCAUAAUUAUCAAACUGGGUGAAACUGAACAAGGAAUGAUGUGUUUUAUGUUUUGUUCUCAGCUCAGGGCAAGUCAGGGUGGGUUUGACUUACUGGAGCUCAGCACAAGGGUGGAGAUUGGUAGGAAUGGCACAUGGUUGGGACAGGUUAACUACCUCAUGUGGAUUUUCUCUAGGACUGGAAUACGCCAAUGUUUCUGUGCCAUCUUUCUUCCUUUCUUAACAGUGGAAUACAGGCUGCUUAGGCUCCCUUGUAUUUCUGCCUCUUUUUAGGAGGUCCAAAGUCAGAAGAAACACAAUUCACAAAGAGAUUUGAGUUUGUUCAUACCAAAGGAUCAUCAAAAAAGGACAUCCAUCCCAACCCAUACUCUAACAGGAAUCUCCUAUCUUAGAGUUAAAUUUCAAUAUAGAUAAAUGUAAAAUACUAUCCCCAUGCUUUAAAAAAAUUAGCUUCAUAAAAAUAAGAUGAAGGAGGAGAGGGUUACUUGAUAGCAGUUUACCUGAAAAAGAGCUGAAGGUUUUAGUGGACCAAAGUUGAGCAUGAUUUAACAAGACUAGAUUUCUUUGAUAGAAAGCACUUCCUUCAGCAGGUCUGGUUGAUAUCAGGCUGCAAAGGGGAUUAUUCAGAGUCAUUCAGUCUGAUAGAGAAGGGAGGAAAAAACUUAGUCCAGGAGAGGCAGCCAGGAUGGGAAGGGAUUUGAGUCUGUGUCCUAGGAGGGAGUGGGAAUGUCUGGCCAAGAAGAAACUGGACUGCAGGGCAGCCUGGUGUCUGCCUCUCAUAAUCUGGAGGGAAGUUGGAUGGAAGGGGGCUUAGCUUUGUUCUGCCUGGCCCAAAGGGUAGGACUAGGCACCCUGGCUGGGGGAAAGUUAAGAGGAAAAUUUAGGCUUGACAUCAGGAAAACCUCCCUCCACUUAGAUACAUCCCAAAGAGGAGUGUAUUGCCUUGGGGGAUCUCAGGCUCUCCUCAACAUCCUCCUUUUCUCUAUGAUCUUGUGUCCUCUGUCAGUGAGCAUCACAACAGAUCUGUCCCUACAGGAUCAGAGGGAGGAAAAAUGAUAGAAGGGUUCUCUUGUGCCUCAGAAUCCACAAAGUACUAGUUGGUUCUGAGCUUUCACUUCCUUUGCAGAGCCUUGACUAAUGUUUAACAGCAUUAAGCUCCUACUGUGUGUGUGCUGGGUUCUAGGGAGAAAUAAAGAAUUUCAACCAAGAUACGGCCCUUGGUCUCAAAGGUUGGAGUUGAGGGGGGGAGGUGAGAUGAACUCGGAAAAGGACCCUGCAGAUGGCACUUGAAUGAAGGAAGCAGCACAAGAAAGUACCAUGUGAAAGAUCAGGAGAAAUCAGGGAAGGCUUCCUGGUAUAGAUGGCCAGGCCAAGGCGGGGUGGGGGUGGGGGUCUCUACUCUUCAGCUUUGAGAAAAGGAUCAAGGAAUAGGAUUAAUUCACAGAUUUCCAGCAGAGAAGUCUUGGGCUCUUUCUUUUGUGGAUCAUUCUCACUUUGGGGGUGAAAGAGAGAAGGAGGGAAAUGGCUUAGCUUCGGAAGAAGCCAGAAGGGGAAGAGGAAGCCUAAGGCUGCUUUUACAGGGACCUGGAUAUAAUUCAAGAAAGGGAUCCUUCUUCCAAUCCUUAGAGGCUGCCAUGUUUUUUGGUCACUAGGUAGACAAGAUCACAGAUUUUGGUCUGGCAGAAGCUUCAGAGGCCAUCUAGUCCAAUCAAGCUAGUCUCAUUUUACAGGUAAGGAAACUGAGACCGGAUCAUAGAUUUAGAGUUGGAAGAGGUUGGCCCCAGACCAUUGAUUCUUCUGGCAAUUGAGGAAACAGAGACUAACGUGACCUUAGCUCACAUGUCCAUUGGCUGGGAUGGGGGUGGGCUUGGAGCCUUCUUAAGACCCCCAUUAGAAUGCUUAAUUUGUUUUAAAAUCAUGAUCUGGUCAGCGGCCCAAGUCAAUGCUCAACAGAGGUGUGCCUGACAGAAGGAUUGACUGAAGCUAGCAGGGCACUAUGGGCCGUGAUGUCCACAUAUACUUACAGGUCCCCCUUCCCCAAAGUACACAAAUUUUGUGGCUGGAAAACAGGACGGCGACUCUAUGUAAGCCCUCCUUUUUGGGGUUGGACCCUUACCUUACACCUCUGACUAGGAUGUCUUCCCGAUAUCUCUUUCUCCCUGUCUGUCCUGUCACCCAGGGACCCUUGGAAAAGAACAGCCCAUUCCUAUAAGCCCCCUACUCUGCUCCAGAAACUCUAGGACAUCAGGCUUCUGAGGCCUGGGGAGGGGGAAGUAAUGGAAGUAAUGGAAGUAAUGACUGAAGACUACAUAAGUAAUAAACAGUAGAGCAGGGGCUCAAAUCUACACUCUGAUUCCGCUAGACAGUGCUCUGCUCACUGUACCACACUGCCCUUUCACAUCUGAUAUACAGGACAUCCUUUCUCUGACAAAGAUGGAAGUAAAAAUGCACCUACUUCCAGCAGAUCCAAGCCCCUCACCCCUCUUUCCUUCUCCCUCCUUCCCUUCCUCCUCUCUCUCUCUCUCUUCUUUUUUCUCUGUGUCUGUCUCUUUAUCU